GCUUCUCCCUGGGUCGCCGCCAUCUUGCCAUUGACUCGGAGCCUUCGUGUGGUGAGCUUAACCUUGUCGUCGUACCGGUUGUCGCCACCGAGGCGGACUGGCAGCCCUGAGCGUCGCAGUCAUGCAGGCCGGACCCGUGCAGGCGGUACCCCCGCCGCCGCCAAUGGCCACUGAGUCCAAACAGCCAAUGGAAGAAGAAGCAUCAUCAAAGGAGGAUUCCACCCCAUCCAAGCCAGUGGUAGGGAUUAUUUAUCCUCCUCCAGAGGUCAGGAAUAUCGUCGACAAGACUGCCAGUUUUGUGGCCAGAAAUGGACCUGAAUUUGAAGCUAGGAUUCGACAGAAUGAGAUCAACAACCCCAAGUUCAAUUUCUUAAACCCCAAUGACCCUUACCAUGCCUACUACCGCCACAAGGUCAGCGAGUUCAAGGAGGGGAAGGCGCAGGAGCCCUCCGCCGCCAUCCCCAAGGUUAUGCAGCAACAGCAGCAAGCCGCACAGCAGCAGCUGCCCCAGAAGGUCCAAGCCCAGGUGAUCCAAGAGACCAUAGUACCAAAGGAACCCCCUCCAGAGUUUGAGUUCAUCGCUGAUCCCCCAUCCAUCUCAGCCUUCGACCUGGACGUAGUGAAGCUGACAGCUCAGUUUGUGGCCAGGAAUGGGCGCCAGUUUCUGACCCAGCUGAUGCAGAAAGAGCAGCGCAACUACCAGUUUGACUUUCUCCGACCCCAGCACAGCCUCUUCAACUACUUCACAAAGCUGGUGGAACAGUAUACCAAGAUCUUGAUUCCACCCAAAGGUUUAUUUGCAAAACUCAAGAAAGAGGCUGAAAAUCCCCGAGAAGUUUUGGACCAGGUUUGUUACCGAGUAGAAUGGGCCAAAUUUCAGGAACGUGAGAGGAAGAAGGAAGAAGAGGAGAAAGAGAAGGAGCGAGUAGCCUAUGCUCAGAUUGACUGGCAUGAUUUUGUGGUGGUGGAGACAGUGGAUUUCCAACCCAAUGAGCAAGGAAACUUUCCACCCCCAACAACACCAGAGGAACUGGGAGCUCGGAUCCUCAUUCAGGAGCGCUACGAGAAAUUUGGGGAAAGCGAGGAAGUGGAGAUGGAGGUUGAGUCAGAUGAAGAAGAUCAGGAAAAGGCUGAGGAGACUCCUUCCCAGCUGGACCAGGACACUCAAGUACAGGACAUGGAUGAGGGUUCAGACGAUGAAGAAGAAGGACAGAAAGUGCCUCCACCCCCAGAGACACCCAUGCCUCCACCUCUGCCCCCAACACCAGACCAAGUCAUUGUGCGAAAGGACUAUGACCCUAAAGCUUCCAAGCCCCUUCCUCCAGCUCCUGCUCCUGAUGAGUAUCUUGUAUCCCCCAUCACUGGGGAGAAGAUUCCUGCCAGCAAAAUGCAAGAACACAUGCGCAUUGGGCUUCUUGACCCCCGCUGGCUGGAGCAGCGGGAUCGCUCCAUCCGAGAGAAGCAGAGUGAUGAUGAGGUUUAUGCACCAGGUCUGGAUAUUGAGAGCAGCUUAAAGCAGUUGGCUGAGCGACGUACUGACAUCUUUGGGGUAGAAGAGACGGCCAUUGGUAAGAAGAUUGGUGAAGAGGAGAUCCAGAAGCCAGAGGAAAAGGUGACUUGGGAUGGCCAUUCAGGCAGCAUGGCCCGGACCCAGCAGGCUGCACAGGCCAACAUCACCCUCCAGGAGCAGAUUGAGGCCAUCCACAAGGCCAAGGGCCUAGUGCCAGAAGAUGACACUAAGGAGAAGAUUGGCCCUAGCAAGCCCAAUGAAAUCCCUCAGCAGCCACCGCCUCCAUCUUCAGCCACCAAUAUCCCCAGCUCAGCACCCCCCAUCACAUCAGUGCCCCGGCCACCUGCGAUGCCACCUCCAGUCCGCACCACUGUUGUAUCUGCAGUACCUGUCAUGCCUCGGCCACCCAUGGCAUCUGUGGUCCGGCUGCCCCCAGGUUCAGUGAUCGCCCCUAUGCCACCCAUCAUCCACGCACCCAGGAUCAACGUGGUACCUAUGCCUCCUGCAGCACCUCCUAUUAUGGCACCCCGCCCACCUCCCAUGAUUGUGCCAACAGCCUUUGUGCCUGCCCCACCUGUGGCUCCAGUCCCAGCCCCAGCUCCAAUGCCUCCUGUACACCCCCCACCGCCUAUGGAAGAUGAACCUCCAUCCAAGAAACUGAAGACCGAGGACAGCCUCAUGCCUGAGGAAGAGUUCCUGCGCAGGAACAAGGGUCCAGUAUCCAUCAAAGUGCAGGUACCCAACAUGCAGGAUAAGACGGAAUGGAAGCUGAAUGGUCAGGGGCUGGUCUUCACUCUCCCACUCACAGACCAGGUCUCUGUCAUCAAAGUGAAGAUUCAUGAAGCCACAGGCAUGCCUGCAGGGAAACAGAAACUACAGUAUGAAGGCAUCUUCAUCAAGGAUUCCAACUCCCUGGCUUACUACAACAUGGCCAGUGGUGCUGUCAUCCACUUGGCCCUCAAGGAGAGAGGCGGCAGGAAGAAGUAGCAAGAGAUACUGCAGUUGGACUCCUGCCACUGUACCUCUUUCCACCACCAAUUCCAGGAGUUUCCCUGGGACCUCAGGCACAGCCUGGGCGUUUGUUUCUCUGUAAGCCAGUCUAUGGAAUUCUGGAUUGGAGGUCCUUGGAAAGUCCAUUAGGAAUUGAAAACCCAGGGUUGUCCCACAGGACAGUUUCAUAGUAUCAAGUGAUGCUUGGCUGAUAGAAUAUGGUUACUACCAUUCAUCAUUUUGUAUCAUGCUUUGGUAUCUAAUAAACCUCUUAAAGCCAGGCAUGGUACAUGCAUGCCUGUAAACCUGGGACUUGGGAGGUGCAGGCAGAAGAAUUAAAUGUUCAAAGUUCACUUCAGCUGUAUAGCUUGAGGCCAGACUGGGCUGUGUGAGAUACUGUGUUUAAAAAAAAAAAUUUUUUUUUUUUAAAUUAAAAAUUAAACACCUCUUGGACCCUCUUGGAAGCAGUUUGUUCCUGCCAUCAACAGACUGCCUUAGAAAGCUCUGCCGUUCUUACCUAUGCCAGGGAUAGAUAGUGCACAGCAACUCUCCUAGGGACCAAGGUAAAUUUCCAAAUCAAUUAAGAGGGAAACAAAUGGGUCUGUCCCUUGACACAACUGUGCCCACUGCUUUGUCCCCAAAGCUGUUGAGCUUUGGAGUCUCUGCAGUCUUGGUGUUCAUAUAUACACUUUUGCUGCCGUCAUGUCUCUGAAGUAUUUCUUCUAAAAAGCACUUUGGUUGGGGAGGUGUCUUGUUGAGUAAAGUGCCUAUGGUGCAAGAAUUGAUGCAAAAGCCAGAGAACAAGCCACUGCUACCCCUGUGCUCGAGGAGACGAGACUGAGCCAGAGUCAUUUUAAGCAGGCCAGUGAACAAGACGGACCUUCUGUAAGGCCAGGUGGAAGGCAAGGGCCACCAGUCUCCAUGUGUUUGUCACAGCAUAGCUUUAGAUACACACAUUUUAUAUUGUAAAGCUUUGGGCCCCUCCACCAUGCAGUAGCCAUGCCUCCAAUCACCCAUCAUACCACACCAUAGGCAUGGCGGUUUUAGUGGUUUGGAUGGGUGAGCAAAGGCUGUUCUGUACAGUGUGUGUAAAUUGUGCCAAGUCCACACACUGACCUAAGGGCCUCGUAUCUAGUUUACUAUUGCUGUGUUGUAUUUGGUAUUUUUGUUUUUCUUUGGUUUUGAAAUAGCUCCUCUGGAACUUACUAUCUAGACUAGACUGGUUUGGAACACAGAGGCCAGCCUGCUUCUGCCUCCCAAGUGCUGGAAUGAAAGGCAUGGGCUGUCGGGCUUGACACUGCUUCCUGUUCAUCAGUGUAGUCCUUGUGUGAUUAUUCUUGUUUGAGGUACUGAGGGCACGUCACAUGCCCACCAUCCCAUGCCUCAGAGAUGAAGAGUAAGUCCAAAAUGUGUGCCUUGCUCUUGGUCACUAAUGAGGCCCUGAUGUGGGCUCUUUUUUGGAAUUGUGCUCUUGCGGAGGCAUAGGUGCGGCUUUGUAUUAAGGGAGAGGGAGAGCUUGUUGAUUAGCUGUAAACAGAGCUGGUUUCUUUUUUGAGGAUUACAUAUGCUGAAAACUUUUGAGAGUUCCCAGUACCUCUUGUGGUCUCUGGGAAAGAACACUGAGGAUCGCAGAAGCAAGAUUCUAAUCCCCAGCACACUCCAUUCCCUCCCCCGCCUCCGCUUAGGCGGUUCCUCUACAGCCCCAGUCACCUGGCUGUUACACAUUGCUAGGCCCUCACUUCCAACACUGGUGAUAGCACGCUACGCUGUACCCUGUGUGACAUUUGCCUCUCACCGGGUUGCUAGAAGUUUGCUUAGGGACUAGUGAAAAAUUUGGGUUUUUGGUGUGCUUUUCUGGUUUACGAGCCUGAAACAAGCUCACUGCUAGACACUAAUUGGGUAGCACCAGAAAUCCCUGGGAGGGAUAUUCAGGAGGAGGGGCUGGGGUGCUGUUGUGUAGGCAGGACAUCGGGAAGCCUGAGAGAAUUCUAUGCCCAAGAGCUCCUUUUUGGUAUUAGGGACGUGGCAUUGUGUCAGGGCAUUUGCCUCUGCAGACUGGCAGUCCACAGGGCUCUAGCUGAGGCUCUGACAUGCAACCAGGAAUGUGGCUGGGGAGAGUGCAAGUGAAUGGGCCCUUUGAUCCACACUCUGGCUAACAGUUCCCAGAAUUCCUGAAUGAAUGCCUGUCCUGGCUCACAUUCACUCAGAGGCUCAUUGACCACAGAGCCUUGUGACCUUUAUUGGCCACAGACCAAGAUUGUUUCCUAGCACUGCAUGUCCUACAACCUAAGUUUAAAAUGUGUUUAUCCAAAUUUAAGUUUUAAAGUUUUAUAAAAAUAAGUUGUUUUAUUAAAAAUAAGUACAUAUUUUUA